AUGGCAGUAACUCAGACGCUUGUACAGCCGCCAGUCGCCGAGAAGGGCAGAACCAUCCUUGAACUCACAUCUGCAUACGGAUCGGUGUUCAGAUCGAUCAAGGACAGCCCACCACGCGAUGCAACCACCGAAGAGAUUCCCAUCAUUGACAUGUCCGACAUCUACAGUGAUGACAUUGCAGAUCGCAAGGCCGUCGCCGACAAAGUCCGAGAGGCAGCUACGACCAUUGGAUUCUUCUACGUGAAAAACCAUGGCAUCAAAGAGAGCACCAUCGCUUCUGCACUGGAAUCCUCCAAGCAGUUCUUCCAUCAACCUCAAGACAUCAAACAGCGUGUGAAUCAGGCCAACUCGAAGCACUUCAACGGAUGGAACGGCCCCGAUUCCCACAGGGCAAACCCGGUCGAGUCGGUCGAUUAUCGUGAAAGUUUCGGUAUGCGAUACGAUCCAAGAUACGACCCCCUUGUGGACAAUGUCGACGCAAUUCCACAGGACAUCCAGGACGGUUUCCGCGCCGAAGAGUACUGCUGGACCGAAACAUCAAAUCUUCCCCAAUUCAAGGAGAACGUGCUGAACUACUGGAGAGAGUGCCUUUUCCUCGCCCGGAGGCUGGUGCGCAUCUUUGCUCUGGCACUCGAGCUGCCCGAGGACUAUUUUGACAAGAUGACGUCGCACCCCGAUGCCGCCAUCGCGCUGAAUUACUAUCCGACAAUCCCAGAGAGCGCAUUGAAGAAGGGAGAAGAGGCAGUCAGCAUCGGCUCACACACAGAUCUACAAUUUUUCACCAUGUUGUGGCAAGACUUGAACGGAGGUUUGCAGGUCUUGAACCGUGAUGGCCAGUGGCUGAAUGCAAAGCCCAUUGAGGGAACCUUCGUGAUUAACAUUGGUGAUUACCUGAUGCGUAUUAGCAACGACCGUUUCAUCUCGACCGUGCAUCGUGCAAAGAACCUCAAGGCGACUGAAAGGUUCUCGAUGCCCUUCUUCUUCGGAUUCAACUUCAAUGAGACUUGUGGCGUGCUCCCAAGCUGCAUUGAUGAAGAGCAUCCUGCCAAGUAUGAGCCUAUAUCUUGCGCUGACUGGGUGCGCCGCAGGUUUGCGGCAACGAACAUUGAGGAGAAGAAAUGA